AUGGGUGGUUUCGAAAAGAUGGCAGACAGGAGGUGGAUGUAUCUGGAGAACCGUCUAUGUGAAGAGUAUUUAAGUGGUAUAAAGACAUUCAUUGCCGCAGCAGAUGCGGACAAGUUGGAUCGCCACAUCAUGGAGAGGAUGGUGUUAAUGAUCGAGAUCUGUAGUGCAGUGAUCUUAUGGGUGAAGAAAUCUCUGCCGAAUGAUGAAGCGGACUAUGACAAUAAUGAGACAACAGCAGGACAUGAUAUGAGUGAGGAUGAGCUUGUUGAUAUUGGUGACAAUUAUGCUAGCAUUGCUGACAAAAUGGAGGAGAUGGUGUGUGAUGCAAUGUCAUAUGAUGGGUACAGUAUUGGGGAUUUUGGGAAAUUGGAAAAGAUGGUGAGAGAUAUGAAGACCCCACUCUAUCCAGGCUGCAAGGAGAAGUGGUCAAAACUCUUCACAUCACUAAAACUUCUACAGCUAAAGGCCACACAUCACUGGACUGAUCGCGGCUUCAAGGCAUUGUUAGAUUUGCUAAGCGACAUGCUUCCGGAGGAGAAUGAGAUACCCAAGACCACUUAUGAGCCGAAGGAGACUAUUUGCCCUUUGGGGAUGGAAGUUGAGAAAAUCCAUGCUUGUAAGAACGACUGCGUCCUAUUCCGUGGUGACCAUGCAGAUCUCACUGAAUGCCCAGAGUGUGGAGCCUCUCGUUACAAACGAAGGAAUGACGGGGGUGAUGAGGGAAGGGUGCACGGAGCUCCUCAGAAGGUAGCAUGGUAUUUUUCAUUAAUACCUCGCCUAAGGCAUUUGUUUGCAUCAAGCAAGGAUGCAAAGCUUUUGCGUUGGCACAUGGAAGGGCGCAAGAUAGAUACUAAUAUACGCCACCCGGCGGAUUCAACAUAG